UAUGGAGACCAAAUAAGUUUUUUUGUAUUUAGUAAGUGAAUUAAAAAAAAAGUCAUUAAAUGACAAUUUAUUGUGGGCGGAACGCUAAAUAGAUGAGCACAUUUCCAGUCGGACCAGUACUGAUGAGGACUUCUAGUUGGAUUUUUUUCUCGCUGGAUAACGAAAGCUUUUCCAGAGUUUAAAUCGGAAUAAAGUAAACGGGUUCACUUCACCAGUUUGCUAUGAAAGACAACAGACACAUUCCAAAGUGAUGGCUUGCCUUGCCCCACCAAGUCCGUCUGCUCUUGCCUCAUUUCUCUGCACAUUACUACCCAGGGGCUUUGCUGUGGGACCGUCAAUGUCCUGUGAGGGAAGACUUGGACUGUGGUGGGUUGGUCCAUCAUUGCCGGCUGGAUGCCUACUCGGGAGGGAAGGUGACACAGAAUGGGCAGAAAAGUUUCAGACUGCAGGCAUGCUCUCUCAUCAAGAUUACAUUAUGACAUUGGAGUCCAAAACAGACAUUCUAAGCAGCACAAAAGGAGAUAAGGUACCAGUGGAAACAGCAGAAAACAAUGACAUUAAACGGCAAAAUGCUGUCUGGAUUGCUUUUGCCUGCCAGGUGCAAGGAAAAGCUUUGCACAAUGUGGCAGUUCAAUGUAUGUGUGGAGAGGUAUGCGUGGGCAAGUGUGUGAGUGUAUGUCUGCGUGUUUGUCGGGACAUCCAGCAAGGAACAGAACUGCUGCUGGGUGGUGAAACGGCAGGGAGAAGUGAUGUAAGAGACAGACCCAAUGCGCAGAACUUCUAUGAAAGUCAUCACAGAGAUAAUCAGAGAAUGAAAGUCACGAGGGAUGCAGAAAUGGUUGUGACUAGCCUACACAGCGUUAAGAAAGACAAAGAAGUACAUAAUCAACUCAAGGAUGAGGAAGGAUGGAACAAGGACAUCUAUAAACUCUCAAAGAUUCUGUCAACCAAACUGAAUGCUGGAGAAAUCUUGUCUAAGAGAAAUCCAAGCUUCGAGGGAAAUGAGGACAGCAACAACUUGACGGCUCAAGUAGCCCCUGCAACAGAUGGACACCUGAACGGGGCCAUGGCCACUGUGGACAUCAUGUCACAGUCUAUCUCUGUAGACAAGCAGAGGAACUUAAGUGGUCAGGCACCUUCUGUCCGGGUUAGUUCUCGGCUAGCUGCUAAACCACGUCGCUUUCACUGUCUGAACAGCCGGGUUAAGGAACUCCCUAUUCAUUCAGACAGACAUACGGACGGGCUAAUAGAGACACUCACAGAGGCAGCCAAGUCCUCUGCAGAUGAGCCGGUUUCCAUGGCAACUUCAUAUACUGAUACAGCUGUCAACGCUCCCGAGAUGAGAGAGAGGCGUUACAGGUGUUCCAACUGCGGUAAAAUGUUCUACCAGAUUGGCCACUUAAAGAAACACCAGUUCAGUCACACAGAAGAGAAGCCUUUCACCUGCCAGGAGUGCGGCAAAAACUACACUUCUGCAGAGAGCUUCAAGGCCCACCAGUUGAGCCACCGUGGGGAACGUCCGUUUUCAUGUCCUCACUGUGACAAGACCUAUGGCCUGAAGCGAGACCUGAAAGAGCACUUGGUCCUCCACACUGGAAACAAGCCGUAUGUGUGCGAGCACUGUGGUAAGGCAUUUGCACGUCGACCAUCCCUGCGCAUCCACCGCCUUCUCCACUGCAGCAGAUUGAUUUACUCACAGCCUCCAAAGUUGCAGUGUAACCUCUGCCCCAAGCUGCUAGCAAACCCUGGUUCUCUGAGGAAUCACAUGAAGCUCCACACUGGAGAGAAACCUCACAUCUGUCAACACUGUGGGAAAAGUUUCAGUCAGAAAGGGAACCUUGAUAGCCAUUUGCGAAUUCACAAUGGAGAAAGGCCAUUUCCCUGCUCCGAAUGCGACCUGAGUUUCUCUCGGAAAGCCGAACUUUGUCGCCACAUGUUUUCCCACACCAGGGGCGGUUUCCUCUGUAGCUACUGUGGAAAAUCUUUGAGAGACCCGCACACCCUCAAAUCCCAUGAAAGAUUGCACACUGGUGACAGGCCCCAUCGUUGCAUUGUCUGCGGAAAAGGCUACACAAUGGCCACCAAACUGAGAAGACACAUCAAAUCUUCUCACUUGACAGAGAAGCCACACAGCUGUCACUGCGGUGCCUCCUACUCUCUAAGACAAAGUUUAUUGAGGCACCAAGCGCAGCAUCAGUCACAUUGGAAAACACAGGAGGUGACAGAACCAGCUCUGAAAGAAUUAACAGCGGAAAGUUUUACUCAUCCAAAGCCAGUCAAAGGCAGACCCAAGAAAAACUCAGUCCCUCAAGGAGAUGAACCAAUGCAGAGAAAAGUACGGGUAAAGAAGAAUGAAAAUGACGCAGAGAAUGUAGUGAGAAGAUUUGAAAUUUCAACAGCCGAGGGGCAAGAUGGAGAGGCUUCAAGUGACACCCAGCACACAGUGUAUGUUCACACGGACCAUGUGACUACACACAGCUACGAUCCCCUGUUCCUCACGUCAGACAGCUUGCAUUCAGGAGCAGGACAGAAGCUGGUAAAGGUGGUAAUAUCAGAAGGUGUUGAGCAAUGCAUUGUGGUCCAAGAACAGCAGACUGUAGAAGAGCUGAUGAUCGUACAGGAGGAGGAACUCUGCUCUGUGGCCCAAACUGUUGAGAUAAACACAUUGUAGCCUGCAUGUCAACCACAUCUGGUGUUCAUUAGGCCAUCACAGGACACUAAAAACCUUUGAUUUGAUCAAGCGUAACAGCCACUGAAAGUAUCCGUUUUUGUCCCCAUCAUGAUCCAUUUUCAAAAAGUUGCAAUCCUACAGAUUUUCAUGCAGGAAAAUUGUGCUCCACUGAUGCCUUGUAAGUACAUUUUCAGCAAAAGUUGGAACUUUCACUUAAAUUGAUGUCAGACAGGUAGACCAACCAUGCGACUAAUGUUGAUUGGCGUUCAUCCCCUUUUUGUUCUUUUUACAAUCUCUAAUGUCUGCCUAAAACGUUGGGAAAUGAGGAUCUCAGGUAAAAGUGUAAUUGCCUCAUUAUGUUAUUAUAUUUAUUAAUACAUAUGCCUUUUAACAUUUUUUGAAAUCCACAAAUGGAUUUUAGCCCGUACCCACAAUGCAGGUGCACUGAUCUGCGCACAGUCGGCACGAUUCCAUGUGCAUGCACGCAAUGUCUGAAAAUAACUAUAGAAUGCGAUCGCUCUAGCAAAUUCUUCAUGAUAACUGACACAAUUCAUAAUUAAUCAAAUGGAAAGACUCCAAACCAUCUUAACAUCAACAUUUAAUUAACCGCUGAAAGAAAAUAGUCCACAAAAUCAGGGAAAUUACAGUAAUACAUUGGUAUAAAAAUUCUUGGACAAUAAAACGUGAGUAAGCCCUCAUUCCGCACACACAUGCCCAGCUGGACCCGUGGUGGUGCUCAAACACCCGGCCUUUUGCCUUGCGUGAGAAAAGUGCCCUUCAUACUGGAGUUCUUUUUUCUUUCUUCAUUGAUAGGGAAUACAAAUUACUCUGUCAAUUCCCCCCCAAUAUGUUUUUACAUUUGACGGGGCACAUAUUUGAGUUAUUGUGAAAAUUCCCCCAAAAUGUCUGUGCACGUGCAUGUUCUACAGUGUGGAACACGUAAACCAAAAUCCACCACAAUUGGUUCCACGACACAUACAGCACCUCCAAUGUGUUCCAAUUUCAAAAUUAUAAUUGUAAUAAUUUGUAUCGGUGUUAAAAUAUUGUCAUCAUUAACUCUUUAAUAACUGUACAGGCUACACUUCAAGAUGCUGAUCAUUAAAUAAAAGUGAAAUCAAAUGACCUUUUUACAACAUCUCAUGUAGGUAGAACAAAACAUGGCUUACUUUAUUUACAAGUGUAUGAAUAAGUCAGCUCUUGUACAGUAAAACCAAAAAAUUAUGUACUCAUUAUUAACGCAUGACAUGAUUAAAAAACAUGAAGCUGAAGGAUUAGCUUGUGCCUACGAGGUAAAUCUCUUUUACCAUCUAAAUGGAGCUGAUUUUGCGAUGUGUAUUGUAUUUUAUACCUUUCAGCUAUACAAUAUCAGACUGCAAUAUAUUACUUUUAGCUUUAUGGUCAGCAUCACAGGUUACCCUUUUGCCAUAACUGCUUGCUGACCUUGGUUAAGCUCCACACCCAUGUCAUUGCAAAUAUCAAAAUACCACGACUGGUUUGUGCCAUAAACAAUUAAGUUUGUUUUGUUCAGGGUUUUUGUAACUUGAAAAAAAAAACUAU